AUGGUCCGAGUGUGCUCGGACAGCCAAGCCGGACAAGCGCAUCCGCAGGCCGACCGUCAGACCGCAAUGUCGUACGUCAUCGCAGGCCGCAAGGUCCUCAACGAGCAUCUCGCGCUGGCAACGUUUGGCGUCACCGGCUUAGGAGUCUACCUGUCCAUGAGAGGCGGUCCUGCGAAAGAUGCAGCGGGCAAGCCAAAGCCUAUCAUCACCGCAGACAGCAGUGACGAGAGCAAUUACAUCAAGAGCUACGUCGAGAACAUGGAACGGGAAGAAGCGGCUAAGAAGCAGCUCAAGAAAUAG